CCCGCGCUGCGCCAUGACGUGGCGCCGCCGCCGGCUCGGCUGCCCCCCCCGCCAUGCCGCGGGUGUACAUCGGCCGCCUCAGCUACCAGGCGCGGGAGCGGGACGUGGAGCGCUUCUUCAAGGGCUACGGCAAGAUCCUGGAGGUCGAUCUCAAGAACGGGUACGGCUUUGUUGAGUUUGAUGAUCUCCGGGAUGCGGAUGAUGCUGUUUAUGAGCUCAAUGGUAAAGAUCUCUGUGGGGAGAGAGUGAUCGUGGAGCAUGCCCGAGGCCCGCGGCGCGACAGCAGUUACGGUUCUGGACGCAAGUCCUUUGAGGCUAAGAUGACUGCCCGUUCCAUUUGCUGGCCUUGGGUUACCUUUCCAUGAGUGGCUCUUUGACCUUUGUGGCCCUUUUGACGACCGCAAGCUUUUCCCAUUAGACCUGGGUGGUGAGGAUCCCAAGGGUUAGAGACAGAUGAGAUUAAUCUGAAAUAGGUGCCUGAAAAGCUUUAUUCAUGUCAGAUAUUCAGAAAGCCUUUAAGCAAUGUGGAUAUGGUUAUAGAAGAAGCGGAAGAGAUAAGUACGGUCCUCCCACCCGUACAGAAUACAGAUUGAUUGUGGAAAAUUUGUCAAGCCGCUGCAGUUGGCAAGACCUUAAGGAUUAUAUGCGUCAGGCAGGGGAAGUGACAUAUGCAGAUGCACACAAAGGAAGGAAAAAUGAAGGUGUGAUUGAGUUCAAAUCCUAUUCUGACAUGAAAAGAGCCCUUGAAAAGCUGGACGGGACAGAAGUAAAUGGCAGAAAGAUUAGAUUAGUGGAAGACAGACCUGGAUCGAGACGGCGCCGCUCUUACUCCAGGAGCCGAAGCCAUUCGAGGUCUCGCUCGCGAAGCAGACACUCUCAUAAGAGCAGGAGCCACAGUGCCAGUAGCAGUCGCUCCAAGAGUAGAUCAAGAUCCAGGUCUGUGUCCCGUUCCAGAAGCAAGAGCCAUAGUCGAAGCAAGAGCCAUAGCAGAGGCCAAAAAGAGAAAAGCAGAACUCCAAGUAAAGAGGAUAAAAGUAGGAGCCGCAGCAGGAGUGCAGAGAAAUCCCGAAACAAAAGUAAAGAUAAAUCUGAGAGCACUCUCCAUAACAGUGAUGAGAAAGCAAAGAGCAGGAGCUGCAGCAAGGAAAAGAGCAGGAGCAGGAGUAAGGACAGGGGGGAGCUGAGGGAGAGCAUGAGGAGCAGGAGCAAGGAGAAGAGUAGAAGCAAGGACAGGGAGAAGAGCAUCAGCAAGGCUAGAAGCAGGAGCAAGAGCAGGGACGAGAGUAGGAGCAGGAGCCACAGUAAGGAUAAGAGGAAAAAUAGGAAGAGAAGCAGGGAUAACAGCAGGAGUAGAAGCAGGAGCCGCAGCAAGUGUGAGAAAAGCAAGAGGCGCAGCAAGCGAGACAGCAAACCAAGUAGCAAGAAGAAAAGGAAGGACGGCCACGAGCGGUCCAGGUCAGCCUCCAAAGAGAAGGAGCAUCUAAAAGCAGAGCCUGACAAAAAGGAGGCGAAAGUUGGGGGUGAGGAUGCAGCCACGUGUCCGGUGUCUCGCUCCAGGUCUAGGUCCAUUUCCAAGUCAAAAUUAAAUGUCACAUCAGAUUCUCGUUCCAGGUCUAAAUCUGUUUCAAAGCCUAAGUCCCACUCCAAGUCUAGAUCUAGGUCUGCCUCUGGGUCACAUUCCCGAUCACAGUCACGGUCUCGCUCCACAUCCUAACCUUGCUGCACCCACACUUGGACCGGCUGGAGGAGUCUUUUGUACAUGUGUAGUAGUCGUAGCUCAAGUGAUUGAAGUAGAAAACACGUCGAUGCUGUAUAUUUUCAAGAGCCCUGGUGGGAUGUCUCAUUGUUCACGCAGUGCUCCCUCCCUGCAGUGCUCACUGGUGCAAGGCUGCUCAUUUCUCUACCCUAGAGAAAGCUGCUCUUUAAAUCUAACUCUUCUAGAGCACCCAAAUUACCCUGUUUUUCCAGGAAGAGCCUUGCAGGGGAUGAGCAUCGCCCCUUGGUGGGUAUAGGGGGUUGCAGUGCUGACUGAUAGGUAGGUAUGAUGGCCUCAGCAGUCUUUGCCCUUGAACUGAUGCCCUUUGGUGUACACCAUUUAGUGGAAGUGCUAAGUCUUAAGUUUCAUACUACUUUUGUUCCCUAUUUUUUGGACUUCAAGUUGUGAAUAGCACAGUCAAAAGGGGGGUGGGUGGGGGGAAAAUAAAAGAGGUACUUGCAGAAAUCCAUAGGGAAAAGUAGAAUUCCGUAUUGUGGCAAUAUCCUUGUUUUGUAUUAUUUUUUUAUUUUAUGUUUUUUUCCCUGUCUUGCAAAGUACAGUGAUUCCUGUUUCCAUGAAAUUUGAAUAAAGACUAUUUUUGCUUGAUGACAU